CCCCUUCUCAAACAACAGACAUGUUAGACAAGUUAUUUUUUUGUUUAUCAUGGCUGUAUCCUAAUUAUCAUAUACUUUUUUACGACAAUGUCGACAAUGGUAUCUAUUGGUAAAGAGUCGGAAAGUCGUGCACCAGGGCAUACCAGCUGACAUGUUUCUCAAACUGCUGCAUCUGCGUCUGCUCUCCAGUCAACUCUUCACCUUACCUACCUUGAGUUUUGAUUGUACAGUUGAUAAGCUAUUGUGUUUAUUCUUUGGUUUGUUUAUUCUGUCGUUUUGAAUUGACUUAUGAAGCGUUCAACCUUAAAAAUCAACAAUGAAGUUUAAAGAUUUGUGUAAAUAUACCAAAUUUGAUUAGAUGUAGCCCCGAGUCAUAUAAACAUUGUGCUUUUUAAAACAAGAAUUAAAAAAUAAACAUGUUUUGAUGCUGUAUAUGUACAUUUAAAAAAAUAAUGCUUAAAUUCCCCCUCACUUCUUUAACAACCUCGUCUCUGCAGCGGCAGCGGGUCAGAAGGCUCCGUUUCCCGGUUCCCUUUGAAAAGUUAGUUAAGUCUGGAGAUAAUUUCCUGCCUGCAGUACGCUGCAUUACAACUAUGCUGCUUCAGAAGUCCCUUUGCUUUGAUAACUGACUCCCUGACCCCUGGCAAGCGGCAGCGUUGGAGGGAGAAAGCAUGCUCACGUCUGUUUCAGUUUCUACUGUACACAUUCCUGAGCUGGGAUGUGCAUCAUUUUCCUGUUUCUUGCUGCUAACAGCAGAUAUGUGUUACCAAAGCUGCAGCUGCAAUAGCAUUAGGAGCCUGUAAAAGUUUAAUAUUGCUUUUCUGCACAGACUACUUGUCCGCCCACUUGUUACUCUGGCCUACCGCUCCAUCAUGACUUUUAAACAACUCCUCCAAAUUCCAACUACAAAUUACCAGUGGGAUUAGCAAAGAUCAAAGGUGGCUAAGCUGUAACCUCGUCUGUUUGACCUGGUGCCAAAGAUAAGGAAGCAGAGGGUGGCUGGUUUGAUUUCCAGCUGUAUGUUGUCAGUUUAUGACUUGAUCCGUGGGUCUGUCGUAGCUGCUCCAGGUGUGCUGCACUGCAUCUGACCCCACAUCUGUGAUAGGGCUCUAUUUCCAUCACAGUGCUCUCAUGGGAGGAAAAUACACACACACAAACAGUAUGGCCUGCACAUGUGCUCACCUGAAGUCAUCUGUGGGCCGACGGAAUACGGAGGCGUUCAGUGAAGUGGAAAAAAGCUUGGAUGUGGCAGCACAUGCUUGUUGAUCACAGUACAUUAAAAUAUUUGUCUUCCUGGAUUCAUGUGUUGUGAAGGCCCUGUAGUACAGAAGGGUUAUUUUACCCAAACUUUGUUGUGACACCAGGGGAUCCUGCCCUGCAGUGAAGUCUCUGUGGAAACUGCAUGCAUGGUUAAAGAGUGAUAUUGUGUCUCCACGCCGCAUUGAGCAGAAAGAGUGAAAAGGGAAGGAGGGAGCGGGGGAUCCUGGUUUCAUGCUUUGCGGGGGGGGAGCUAGCAUUACAUGAAAGUGAAUCUGACUGAUGACAUUAUUGUUCCUAGGCAGCAGUCGAGUGCAACUCUACAUCCACUACUGAGAAGGGAGCCUCGGCCAUUGGUCUGUGCCAACGGCCGUAGAGUAUUUUGGGUUAAAUCCAGUGACUUUAACUGUGCACACUGAUAUUAAAAGAUUUGUUCUGGAUCAUCUGUGCUCCAGGUUUGGAGAGUUCUUUGGGACACAGGUGAAAGUGAACAUGGAAUAGUUAAAGUUAAAGACUGUUUUGCAACCUGCCCUUGGUCUUGCUGAAAGGUAAUUGUGUGUGAAUCAUCAUCACGUCUACAAAGACUCGAUGGAGAAAAAAUACCCUGCGAUUUCAGGAAGAGAAAAGGGACCAGGUCCUGGUCGCUAUGGGCUUCCUCCAACCAUUGGAUUUAAUGGACACGACUUCACCAAACCCACCAGUCCUGCUUACUCCUUUCACGGCAAGAUGAGUGACAGUAUAUAUUCUGUUGACUGCAGUCCUGGCCCGCAGUACUAUGUUGAUGCAAAGAUCACACGCUUUGGGAAGGAUGGUACUCCUGCAUACUCCAUGUUAAGCAGAAUCAAAAGACAGAAGGAUCUGUUCCAGACACCUGGACCUGGUGCAUACAGCCCAGAGAAAGCUCCUCCAUGCAACCUACAGCGCAGACCACCAUCCUACACAAUGGGUACACGCACGCACUACCGCAGCAUGGACGCCGUACCUGCUCCUAACAAGUACCAUCUCCCUCCACUCAUGGGGCCUAAAGUACCAAACAAACCAGCCAGUGCAUGCUACACCAUGUCAGCUAGUUACAGCCCUGGUGGGCCCUCUGUGGAUUUAGCACAGACACCGGGGCCCUGCAGGUACAACACUACAGACCCAGGUGUCUAUCUGCACAGACAACCAGCGUUUUCCAUUCUGGGACGACACAGUUCACCCAAAGACAAAACGAAAAUUCCGGGUCCUGGAACUUACAAUCCAGAGAAAGUGACAGUGCACAAACCUCGGGCCCCGUCCUUUUCUUUAGGGGUCAGACACUCUGAAUUUGUAACUCCACUGGUUGUUAAUGUUUCUGAUUGAACAUUCAUCCUUUAAAGUAGAAGCAAGAAAAAGUUUUUAGAAAGUGACAAAACAAAUAUUUGAGAUUUAAAGAUAACACAAUUUAUUUUGUUUCUUCUAUGACAACAAGCUUAUACCAUUCACAACUCAGUGAAAAUAAAAUAUCUAGAAGUAUCAUAUAUACAAAACAGUCAGUAAUAGAGAGAACAUAAAAUGUCCAGACACAGAAAUCACACUUGGAAAAUUACCAGGCUCUAGAAUAAAAUAAUCCUAUGCCCUCAUGACGACUCAGUAAAUAAGAAAAUAUAGAAAAUGGCGAAAAUAAAAACAUUAAAAAUAAAGAACUGACAGG